CUGGGAUCCAACUUCUCCGAUCAAUCAUCUCCGACUCCUACAUCUACCACCAACAAGAUGUCUGGCUGGGGUGCUACUGGCGACGACGCCUGGGGUACCAACGAUGCUUCUGGCAACACUGGUGCUGGAGACGAUCCCUGGAACAACCCCCAGGGCGGCGAUGGCGGCGAGGGUGGUGGUGAGCGCGGCGCUUGCUUCAACUGCGGCCAGGAUGGUCACAGCAAGGCCGAGUGCCCUGAGCCCCCCAAGCCUUUCGAGGGCACCUGCAACGCCUGCGGACAGGAGGGUCACAGGCGCCGCGACUGCCCCGAUGCUCCCGCCAUGACUUGCAGAGUCUGUGGUCAGGAGGGUCACAUGCGCAAGGAUUGCCCCGACAAGCCUCCUGAGGUUUGCCGCAACUGCCACGAGGAGGGCCACGCUGUUGUCGAGUGCAAGAACCCUCGCAAGAUCGACCUCAGCAUGGUUGAGGAUGUUGAGGCUGACCAGGCUUGGAACGAGAUCAUCGAGGCUGCCUCGGAGCGUGACGGUGUCGAGGCCAAGGAAGCCGUCCUGAAGUACAUCAAGCACUUCCCUGAGAUGACUUACACCGACCUCGAGGAGGCUUUCCGUGGUCAGGAGAUGGGCGUCUACCUCAUCGCCACUGAGCGUGCCCUCGCUCCUACUCACACCAACAUGGAUCUUCAGGGUAACUUGGAGAAGAAGUACACCAUCCAGUACCGCUUCAAUCCCAACCCUGAGCGCGCUCGUGAGAAGGAGUCCUGGCCUCCCUCUCCCCAGGAGAACAUGGCUCGUCUCAAGGACGCUGGUGAGCCGGUCUCUCGUCUUAUGCAGAAGUGCAACAACUGCGACGAGCUUGGUCACACCUCCAAGGCCUGCCCCCAGGAGGCCAACGAGAAGGUUCGCGUCACCAUCACUUGCUACAACUGUGGCGAGGAGGGUCACCGCGUUCGUGACUGCCCCACCCCUCGUGUCGACAAGUUCGCUUGCAAGAACUGUGGCCAAUCUGGCCACAAGGUCUCUGACUGCACCGAGCCUCGCAGCGCUGAGGGCGUCGAGUGCAACAAGUGCCACGAGACUGGCCACUUCUCCCGUGACUGCCCUACCGGCGGCGGCGGCGGUCGUUCGUGCCACAACUGCGGCCAGGAGGGUCACAUCUCCAAGGAGUGCACUGAGCCUCGCAAGAUCAAGUGCCGCAACUGCGACGAGGAGGGCCACACUUCUCGCGACUGCGACAAGCCUGUCGAUGUCACUCGCAUCAAGUGCAUGAACUGCGGCGAGAUGGGUCACAAGAAGUACCAGUGCCCCAACCCUCCCACCGAGGAUGUUGACAACUUCGGUCCUUCCAACGGCGGCGGCGGCGGCGGUGACUCUGGCGACGCCUGGGGCUCUGGUGGUGGUGGUGGUGGUGGUGACGCCGCCCAGGACACCGGUGGCUGGUAG